CAGGAGUAACCACCUGUAAAUAUACACAGAGCAGUCCUGCAGUGACAUUAGUGCAGGAGAGGGGAGGGGAGGCUGGCAAUAGCCCUUACAGGGGGUUUGAGCCUCACAAAUUAACACAUCCCCCUCCUCUGUGCUGAGAGGGACUUGUUGCAGGAUUCCUGUCCUGUAUUUGCUCACAGAGCCCUGUAAAUGGGGGUAUAUAAACACAAGUCUACCCAGAUAAAACGCAGUUUCUUUGCAGUGGAAUUUUUAAAUAAUGUAUCCGAGGAUCAGGAUGAGACACAGAUCUGCCCUGGGCAGACUGGAGACCUACGGUGCCCACAGUCUUUUCAGUGAGAUCAGACAAAGUGCUGCUGCUACAAGCCAGUCGGUACAGCAGAGAGCAAAGACUGCUGUGGGUGCCCCCCGAAUCCAGACUUUGCCCUCAACAGAUUGCACUGAAGAGUCUAACGAGCAGAACCAAAGCCCCCCAGAAUGGAUGGAGAAGGAGAUGAUAAUUGGACAGCAGAGACGACAUUCCCUGGCACUUGUGGACAAUGUAUUAGAAAGUCUCCAGAAUUAUUCUGACCCGGUCAGGAGUCUCAGGAAGGAGAAGCUGGAAGGACGUCUGACCUUGGAGCAAUUGGUCAAGUUAAAGAAAGCCUUCAAGGAUCUGGAAAAGAAUGGAAAUACAUCUCUGGACCUGGAUGACUUUAAAGUGGCAGUAAAGAAAAGCAUAGGAUUGCUGGGAUCGAGUGAUGGACAGAUAGAAAAGCUUUUUAUGAAAAUAGAUUUCACAGCCACUGGAAAAAUUGACUGGGACCAGUUCUGUACUUUCAUGCAACAGAACUACGCUGAGCUGGAAGACACUCAGCUCCGAUACAAGAAUGUCUGCUUCAAUCUGCCGGCGACCAUCCAGGAAAUGGCUCACGGGGAUAACGUGGUGCGUGUUUUCCCCAUGCAAGACAACACUUUAAUAACGGUCAGGGAAGAUGGACACAUCUAUUUCUGGUCUACACAGCUGAAGCUGAAGCGUGACAAGGCGAUCUUUGAAAAGAGUGUGAAAAGGACAAAAUGGGUGACGGACUUCACUAUUCUGACGCAGUAUAAUAAGUUAGUCCUGGCCACUGGGGAUCGGGAGAUCCAGCUGUACGAGCUGUCUAACCUGGAACCGUACUGCCAGAUUACCGGACUAGAAUCUACACCUUUAAAAUUAGAUUACUGUGUCACAGACAAUGAUGAAUGUCUGAUUUUAUAUGGAGAUGACAAGGGAUGUGUGAAUAUUCUUCUUUUCACGUCAAUAGGAGAAACUUUAAGAAUGUGGAAGAAGAUGCCCAGACCGGAUGGUAUAAUGCCAUCUAUUGGUAUAGACAAUGCUGUUCUGUCUCCGAAUGUAUCUUUAAUUCGCUGGAAAGUGCAUGAAGAUUGGGUAACACAGAUGAAGUACUACGAUUCUAUUAAAGCGGUUAUUUCGGCUUCCAAUGAUGAGUCUACAGCCUUAGUAAUAGGUUGCACUGUUGGAAAAACAAACAUAGAGCAUCAGAUGAGAGACAUCAAACACCACAGCAAGGAUCUGAAUGGACGGCGAGGAAAGGUUAUAAAUGGGCCACUUCAAAAGAGAGCGAGCGGAGACCAGACUGUAUUCCAGGUGUAUAAAGGGGUGAAAACGUUUGCUUUCUGCAAGAAGAACAGCCUUGUUGUGACAGGUGGAAUGGAUCGCCUGGUCCGAAUGUGGAAUAUUUAUGUACCUGGACGUGCCACUGCCAUACUUCGUGGGCAUACAGCGCCAAUAUUUUCUAUUGAUGUAUCUUCUGAAGAUAAUAUAAUAUUUUCCGUUGCCACAGACAAUACAGCAAAGAUUUGGGAUAUACAAACUCAUACCUGUUUAUUUAGCACAUGGUCAAAAACCAGCGGGAUCAGAGGAGAACUGAGUGCUUGCCAGUAUGUUCCUUACAUCAAAACGCUUUGUGUGAUCACCGAUUCCAUCAACCUUCUGCAGAUCAAGUCAAAGCCUGUGGCACAGCCUCACCUGGAUACUUCUCAUAAGGAACCAGUCCUCUGCUGUAAAUAUAAUAAGACCUUCAGGCAAGUCGUCACCUGCUCAGAAGGAUCGGUAAUAAAGGUUUGGGAUUUUGAGACUGGAAAACAAGUGUUGGAAAUUAACGAGGCACAUCAGGAUGCGGCAAUAACGUGUAUGACCUUUGAUCUCAGUGGAAGAAGGUUGAUCACUGGAGGGAGAGACGGCUGUCUGAGAAUCUGGAAUUACAACAAUGGGCUCUGUUUACACACUCUUAAAAAAAGAGAGAGUUCAGCUGAGAUCUGUGACUGCACUUAUGUGGACAUAAACAGAAACAAAUACACUGUUGCUGUUGGCUGGGACAGAAGGAUAAAUCUGUAUUAUGAUUCUGAUGAUAAUCUACACCACUUCCAAGAGCCAAAGCAAUAUUGGCACGAUGAUAAGAUCCGAGGUCACCGCGAAGACAUUCUCUGUGUAGCUCAGAAACCUCCUAAUCUCCUUGCCAGCUCAAGCUAUGAUGGAGAAAUUAUUGUCUGGAACAUGACCUCAGGCCACAUACAAUGCCGGAUAGACACAUCCCAUCACUUUGAGUCUGCAGGGAUAAAAUCAACAAAUAACAGCGUCAGCAAGAUCAUAUUUCUGGCAAAACGGACAACACAGCUGCAGGUGGCCGCCUCUCUGGUCUCCAAUGGGCCCUUAGGCACUGUCAAUUUUUGGAAUUUAUUACAUGGAGGAAAACUGACAGCGAGUUUUAGACCGUCCAAAAUUGGAACCCAGAUCAGCAGUCUUGCUGUUAAUAAAGACAACUCGCUGAUGUUUGUAUCGGACAACAUUGGCUACGUUUACGUCUAUGAAAUCACUAACUAUGCAGUACAUGGGCCAGAAAAAGAUCCUCCAAUGUGUGUCAGUCACUGGAGGGCUCAUGUGAGCAUUAUUACAUCGCUGGAGGUGAUAGACGAAGACAAGGUGGUCUUGACGUCAUCUGUAGACCGGGCAGUGAGGCUCUGGAGUAUUGCUGGAGAAUUUAUAGGUACAUUUGGCCAGGCUGACCCCUGGGAGGUUUCUACCCCAGCAUCAUGGAAACAUCCCAUGGUCCCAUAUGACAUCCUUAUUGACCCACAGAGCAUGCCCAUACAUCCAGUACUUGAAGAAGCAACACAUGAGCCAGAAGACAAUCCUCCUAAGGAAACCUCUGAUUUAAAGAAUGACAUAAACUACAAUACCAGGUCCUUACAUCUCACAGUUACAGAGGAGGAUAUCCAGGAGGAAAUUAACAAGAAGAACUUCUGCCAGGGCCACGGAAAGCGGUUACGCCACGAGCAAUAUAGACGGGCAGCCCACUCACCCCUUGCACUACUGAUGCACCCUGACAGCUUACCUUUCUCAGGCAGCUGUCAAACACCAAGCCUCUCACAAAGCGCCCAGCGGAGCAGGACCACCCGGCUGUAGACUGCAUUUGAACAGUCCACACCACUGCAUAACAGACAUCAAGCUGUCUUCAGAGGUCGACACUUCUGCGCACUAGAGACAGUUGUUACUGUCAACAUAAAGACUACCUUGAAGAAAA